AAUCAGUGUGAGUACAACAGUAACACUCAUCAACAUUCGUACGCAUUUGAACCACUCUUGCUUCCUAGUUCUAAUACCUUCCCCUUUUCUUUCUUCAUCUGAAAAUGCGGUGUAUCUUAAUCCUCCUUUUUAUUCUGGGCUUGUUUAGAUAUGCUUUGGCUGAAGGAGGGUUUUGCUCUGCUCCUUCUGUGCUUAGCAUUGAAUCAGAAGCGAGACCUCUUUAUUGGAAAGUUGACAACCCCACUCUUUCUCCUCUCCAUCUUCAAGAUUUGCCUGGAUUCACACGCAGUGUUUAUAAGAGAGAUCAUGCUUUGAUAUCACCAGAAAGUCAUGUAUAUAGCCCAUUACCUGAUUGGAUAAAUACAUCAGGGGCAUAUUUAAUUUCACCACAAAUGGGUUCACACUUUGUAAUGUACCUAGCUAAGUUGAAAGAAAAUUCAAGAUCAGGACUACCCUUGCAUGAUGUGGAGAGAUUCAUCUUUGUGCUCCAAGGUGCUGUCACCCUCACUGAUGCUGCUGGUGUUAGCCAUGUAAUGAAGGUGGAUUCAUAUGCUUAUUUACCUCCAAAUUAUGAACAUUCCGUUGAAUGUGAUGCACCUGCUACUGUUGUGGUAUUUGAACGAAGAUAUGUUCUGCUGCCAAAUCAUGUCCCGGAGCCAGUAGUUAAUUCAACAGAUAAGCAGCCACUUCUUGAAACUCCGGGUGAGAUUUUUGAACUGCGGAAGCUACUUCCGACAUCUUUGGCAUAUGACUUCAAUAUCCAUAUAAUGGAUUUUCAACCUGGAGAAUUUCUUAAUGUAAAGGAGGUCCAUUAUAAUCAGCAUGGUUUACUGCUAUUGGAAGGACAGGGCAUCUAUCGUUUGGGUGAUAGUUGGUACCCAGUUCAAGCAGGUGAUGUCAUUUGGAUGGCACCAUUCGUUCCACAAUGGUAUGCUGCCCUCGGGAAAACUAGAACAAGAUAUCUUCUCUACAAAGACGUGAACAGAAGCCCGUUAUAAUUGUAAUGUUGAUGGACGUUAGAUGAAUGUCAUGAAUGAUAUAGUCAUCCGCUUCUUAUUUAACGAUUUAAAUAAACGAAGAAUUGUUACUGAAUAGUGAAUACAUUUAAACGUCUAUCAUAUGCUUAAUGUUUUAGCGUUCGUUCACCUCAAUUUCAUUUUCAUCGAGUAUUGAAUGUACAAUAUUAAAUUAACCGUAGGCUUGAAUAUUUCAUUUUCAUCAUCAAGUUGAGUUUUCAAA